AUAUGUUAAUAAAAAUUUGACCCUACCUACUUUACAUAACCUUGACCUCGACCAUACCUCGACUCAGCCUUAUUCAUCCUUCAAAGGUCGUUAACAGAAACAUUACUUACAAGAAUAAAAAUGUAGUGACAUUCCUGUGUCGAUGCAUUGGUGUAUAAAGAACUUUGGUAACAUAUAAUUUUAUUAAAAACUUGAAUAUUCAGUUAAUGGCUUAGUAGGUAAUACCUUUUAAAUGUUCAUAAGAAAAAUGCAUAUGUUAUAAAAUUAAUAUUAGACAUGGGCGACAAAAUUUAUCCUAAUUGUUUAUUUAUGAAGAAUUGAGCUGACAUCGAAUUGUAAGGGCACACAAUAAACUUCAAUAGAAUAAAUAAUAUUUAAAACUUACAAAAGAUCUUCAAGACAUGCCCAGUUUUUUAUAAAAGACUAAAGAAAAUGUAAAGAGGUCCUAAGUCAUCAGUUUUUUUAUUGUUUAACUUAAAACCUAAUUCUUCUAUUCUAUUACAAUUUUGUACAUUGUGGCAUAAACGAUAUUCAAGAACCUCCUGAAGGAUACUAUGCUUUUGUGGAAUCUCCAAAUGCAGAACCUCCUAAAGUGCGACCUCCUCCAUACACUUAUGUCCCAAUUGAUUGUAGAGAAGAUGAUUCAAGAUCACCUCAGGGUUCUCCUUUUAAUUUGUGCGGUGACUUAAAUAAAGGCAACAUACCGAGAAACCCAAUGGGACAGAAUGUGUUAGGAUCACCAUACCCCUUUGAACUAAUUAGAAACAUGACGCUAAAAUAUCUCAGCAGAACAUUACCAAUUCUUAAAGCCGAUGAAACAUUACCAAAAGUUGCCCAACUCCAAGAUGAUUACAUUAAUCAAAACAGCUUGCAUAAUGAACAUCCCAAUGACCGUAGAGGAAAAUCAAAACGAAACUCAAAUAGUACUUCUAUUUUAUCAACAAAUGUUACUCACUUGAACCCCAUAGAAUCUUCCCGACAAGCAAGGAAAUUUUGUGAUCAAGGUGGUGUUUUCUGUAUGCUUUACAAAGCGAUUAAUGGAGAACCAACUAAUCCCACAUCUUCACAAUUACCUCUCGAAAGAAGAGACGACGCUCCAAUAGCUCCUCCUAGGUAUGAAGGACCUCCAACACCUUGUCCUGCAAAAGUUGAAUAUGCUACACCAGUUUUCGCAAAGAACUAUCAAGGUAUUUGGCGAUACGUAGUACAAAUACCUUAUGAGGGUUAUUUUACCCAAACUGUUGAAGUGACACGAUGUUUACAAGCACGUUGUCAUUACUUGGAUGGUGGAUGUUUAUCUUCUCCAAGAUGGUCGAGUCUUUUAGUAGCAGAAAUAUAUUAUCCUGAUACUGUUUUAAGUAGUAGUGACGCUACUAAUCCUCAAAGAAGUCCAGUGGCAGCUUCUCAACCACCAUCAGUUCAAGAUUUUCAGAACUAUCAGCAAUACCUACAGAAACGUGCCGGCUUGCAACCAUCUUCCACAGACUCAGUGACCACCCAAAGACCUUCAUCUCACUGUGAUGGAGUGGAUGGAUUAGGAUGUUUUCAAGUUCGACUAUAUUAUGACUGGUUUCUUAUCCCAGGAUCUUGCAAAUGCUGGCGCCCAGAUUACUUCAACAAAUAUGUUAGACGGAAACCAGACCUUUAAAUUAGAUAUUAAAAAUCCAAUUUUAUGAGCUUAUCAUUGAUAGAGGGCUGGUUAACAAGUUUAGUCUCAACAUCAAUUACAAAUUAUACAGAAAAUUGUCAUUUUUUGGCUAAAGACAUGUCUUAAAAAAUUGUGAAAAUUUGCAGCAUGGUGAAUCCAGAUAAUAGGACAGCUUUUAUUGUACACAACCAAGCAAUUUAAAAUAAAA